AAUCGGGUCACUUUACAUCCACACUAGUUCACUUGUUCUCAUAGUCUACCAGAAGACUAGAACGACACUAUAACUAUACGCGUUCUCUGAUUAUCUGUGAAGAAGUGAACCGUGGCAUGGAUACGACCGUUAACUUAGAGUUGCACGUAACAGAGUAGAACUAUGUAAAAGAGAAGAGUUGAGAGCGAACUCGAUCGUCGAUAGAUCGCUCGGCGAUCCUGCACGUUCAACCGAUCGCACGCGAUUGACGAUGACGAUUGACCGGUUGUCCAACGUACCAGGUGGGGUUUACGUUUUCCGUCACGUUAAUGGCCCGUAAUCACAGCCUUUGUGCAUCGUGCCACAGGAAACGGGGCGACCGCGACGGGGAGAACUUACCGAUGCAUUACGGAUUCGUAUUGCAGAGGGGCACUUUGGUUUGGUCAGAACCACGAGUUACAAACCGACGCCGACGUUUGCAUCGUUAAUAGUUUGAAUACAUCGGAACGAAUCUUGUUAUUUCACACUUUUUGCUUAAAUUACAAUCACACGUACAGAUUUGACAUGUAGAUUUUUGUUGAUCAAUAGGUGGGGGAGAUGGGGGGAGGGGGAGAGGUGAGCCGACAAGCAUCUUGUAUACGUCACUGAUCGACCGAUGUAUUUCAAACAAUUUGAAGAAAUCUAUAACCAAAGAGCAUGCAGUAUUACGAUUGAUUUUCUCCUCGAUAGAAAUACAUACAACAUUGUAUCAUUUAACGACUAUUCGACAUUAUUUUGCGUUUGACUGGUACUUGAAGCUUUCCAAAAACAAAGAAAAAGUGUCGUCUGUUAACAGGUGUCACGCGUUCCAAGUUGGCUGUGACCAAUACGGCUACCUGCCGAUUUCCUCGUUAACACUUGCAACCGUAAUUCACCGUAAUUAUACAGGUAAUAAUUCCACUCAACUAUUCUUGCUCACUUAUUCAAAUGCUUCCAAUGAAAGAAAUUGUUGUUCUAAAUAACACGUUUAUAUUUUGUUCACGCGUACUAAUACCUGUUAAUGACGUUAAAAAGAGAGGUGGUAACGUUGAAAAGAAAAUUACGUUUGCAAUUGUUUUAGAAAGUUUAAUAAACAAUUCUUUAUUAAGGAACAUAGAAAGACUGCAACUUUGAAACGCGUUGCUUGCGCGCCAAACAUACGAAGUUGUAAACUGUGCGCGUGAAAUGUCACUAUCAUCAUUUGAAUCGUAACAAUGUCAGACAUAAAAAGCAUUUUGGUCCUAUUAUGUCAACAUUUAAAUUUAUCUAUCAAUGUCGCGAUGAAACCUGAGUAUUUCAGACUAGCGAAGUUCAAUAAUACAGCCGAAAAUGUCACCGAGACGUUCUGGAAAACGUUGUAUGCUCUAAGUUAUCAUGCCGUAAAAGAAAAACAGAUCGAAGUCAAUUUUGAACAAUGUGGUACAGUGUGGGCUACGAAAUUGUAUUUUGCAUAUUUACAUUACCCAGCGAUAGAGUUUUAUGCUCUUGGCGAAGACAGUAAGAAUACCAGAGAGUUGUUAGUUGCAUUUUCAUGGCUUCUUGGAACGCAAGAUGUUUUGAGCAGUAUAAUUAAAAUAAAUCUCUCCAACAGCGUAUUUGGAAGCGAAUGUUCACAUUUAAAUAACUCUGAAGAAAUGAAAAUAGAAUACGAUGUACCAGACACAUGGCCUGCGCAAAUGAACAAUAUAUUAAACUUAAGCGGUAAAGUGAAUUAUAAUAUAAAAGAGAUAUCCGAACUACUUUCUGAAAGAACUAAAUUAAUAAGCAAAGUUCACGCCGCAAGCAUCGGCACUAGCGGUCUCCCACAUCUGAGCGUAUCGGAAUUAGCAUUGAUAAAACGUAUUGCGACCGUUAACAAAGAUGCGUUAUCUGAUGAAGAUACAAGAUAUUUGAAGGAAUUAUCCAGUAUCGGUACUUUAUUAGAUUUACAUAUGAAAUGGUCGAAAAAGGAAUAUAUAUUUUUUGACUGGAUGGUAACGGUAUUCGAGGAGCUUGAUAAAUCUAUAAAUUCUAAUAUAAAUGAUAUAAAUUGGAACGAAGUUAUAAAGUUUGUUUCUUUGUUACAUCAUAUCGUACGAGAGAAACUUGAAUUCUUAUCUAGCAUAAAGGAAUCAAGUUGUCAAAAUCACCGUUGUGGGUGUGUAUCGCGUUUACUGUGGUCUAAAAAGAUUGAAAUAGAAUUGGAUAAUUGGUUAACAGAGAUGUCUGCUGAAUUAAACAAAGAAAUAGAGGAUUUAUCUGAAAAAAAGAAAAGUCUUUCCUUUGAAUUAAAGAAAAUGAUGCAUUUAAUUCCUUCUUGUAUUCAACUAUAAUUUUUAUAACAAAAUAAAAAAUAUCACGGAUCAGGUUCAUCCUUAUUCUUA